GAGGUUUUUCUUCAGGGUUCCAGCUUUCUUCCUCUUCCUGCCUCUUCCCUUUUCACACUUGCUUCCUCAGUAAUAAAGGUACUGUGCAGCCCUGAGGAACCAUCUGCACACAGACGGCCAGCAGACCUUCAGCUCUGAAGACACCAGGACGAUGCUCUUUGGGCUUGUAUGUACAUGAUUGUCAUUUCUCUUCUCUUUGCUCCCUCCUCCUGCUGCCGCCGCCGCUUUACAAGAAUACCUGGAGUCCAGAAUUCUGAGAAGUGGAGCGACUUCAAAACCACAUUUUAGUUUAUGUAAACUGUGGCCACGUGUCUGUGUUCUGUUUUAGUUCUGUUUCAACUCAGAUUAAUCUGUAACAGACCAGAGAUUAAAUUCUUAGCUUUCACAGCUACUUUUGAACCUGUGACCAAAUUAUUGUUUUCAUUUUUUACAGGACGCCAUUUCAGCCAGGUUAUAUUGAUUUUCCAAAAGGUCUUCAUUUUCUUUAUCCCUCCAGUUCCACUCCCUUUUUCUGCUUUUGUACAAUGGCUACAAAUUCUACUCUGCAUCCAGACCUGCCCACGUGCCGUGAGCUCCACUGCUCCAGCCACGGCACCUGCGUGCCUCCUGUGGGUGCAGGAGUGGAUGUGGUGUGUGAGUGUGACCUGGGCUACCAGGGCCAGUCCUGUGACGACACCGUCCACGGGUCACUCAGUCUGCCGCUCACCCUGGGUGUGCUGGGCGUCAUCAUAGGGCUGUUGAUCCUGGCGUUCAUCUUGGCCAAGUGCAGACAGAGACAAAAGAAAAACCGCAGGAGACGACGGGCAGAAAAAUUCAGCUAUGAAAUCGCUGUAUGAGAAAAGAGUGUAAAAUGUACGAAUUAUUGGAUUACUCCUUUAAAUAUAUAUAUUUGUUUGAAAUAUUCGGUUUAUAUGUUAAAAAAAUGAAAAAAAAGAUUGUAACAUUAUUUUUCUCCUUUUUUAACUGUCCAAGAGGUUCACAGUACAUAACUUUGAUUGAUUCUCUCGAUUAUUUUUAAUCCAUUCUAGCUUUUUUCAACAACAAUGCCUCUUUUUUGAACUAUUGUAGACCAGAAACUCCAACACUGAAUUAUUAUCUGAACUUUGGCCGUGUAUAGAUGGGACAGUGAUUGGUCCAAUUUAUACUGAUAUGUUUACAAACUAAUGUUGCUGACUGACAAACAAUACUUUGCUUUUCAACACAACAUUUGAAUGAAAACACACCAUAUACAAUAAUGAAAUAUAUAUGUACAUAUAUGUAAAAGUAUGUGCGUACAUAUAUGUAUAUACACACACAUAUACACGUAUAUAUGUAUAUGUAUAUCCAUUAUGUAUAUAUACUGUAUGUCGACUACAUAAGCCUAGAGAAUACUUCUAGAAGUAUUACUAAAACUUUGGAUAAAGGGCCAUUCAUUUCAUCACUUUAGUGUAAAUUUACAUGUUUUAAACAUUGUUCUUCAGAGCCGUCUAUGGCUCAAUGUGGCCUGGAACGAAGGUGCCGUUUUGGUUGAACUGGUCCAGCAGCCUGGCUGCGCUGUGGAGAGAAGGCUGGCCGUAGGCACAUCAGUCUGCGACUGAGUAUAUUUUAAUAUAUGUAUAUAUGUAUAAUAUGUGAGAUGUUAGCCACCAUUGACUUGUUUAGAGAUUAUCACUUGCAAAAACGCUUUCGACCUGAAGGAACCUGUGACUUUAGACCAACGUCUCGUUAGCAGUUGUCCUGUAAAAUUACACUCUCGUUAGGACAUCAGGUCUAAGACUGCACUAUUGUAGGCUUUGUGUUUCAUUACCUGCUCAUUUCUUUAGACUCUUGACUGAAUUGUUGUCUCGUUUUAAUGUAAGUAUUGAUUUUCACUGAACUAAUGAUCAAUGAUGGCAGACGAUGUUAGGGUUAGGGUUAGGUGGUAAAGCUGAGCACAAAGCAAAACAAAGCUUUUUAUUUCUACCCCUACCACCAACAAACCCGCACCGGUGACAUCAUUGUCAUGUAUAUAAAUAUUUUUCUAUGUUUUUCUAUUUUUUCACUUGUAGAAUAUAUAUGUUAACUCACUCAUGUAGUCAGAGGUCAAUUGGAUUUUACUGUAUUUUCCAUACAGUAUUCCUACAGACCUCAGUAUACUGUAAAAUGCACUUUACUGUAUGUGUAUGAAUAAAGGCCCAUGACUAACAGA